CCUUUCACCCCCUCACAAGAAUAGACUAUGCCGGUCGGCGGGGUCACUCGCAUGUAACCCACAUUACGACGACCACGCAUCAUUUGACCGCAGCAUUCAUGGAGACCUGACGACAUCCAGCGGUUACUUUUUUAAACAAAAAUGUGCUAUCUUGUUGGAAAAUCAUUGCUUGACGCGGUACACUGAAUAUUCUUCGUUAACACUCUUUAUACGUGGUCAGGAGUCGCUGACUUGUAUACACACCAUCCAGUCGAGGAACUUUACUUCGCCAUGUGUAUGCCAGUUCGCUAUAAACUUCAUUUGUUUUCUGACAUUCAAAUGUUACAUUAACUAUAGCUGAGGGUUUUUUUACGUGAUAAUUACUCUUGGUCAUCAUCGUCCAGUUUAGUUCUUGAUUGGGAGAUUCUGAAGGUGUAAAUGAAUCGAUAGAUCCGUCUACCUAUAACUUGGUCAUUUGUUUGUUCUGAUACGCUGUGUCGGUCAGUGGCUUUUCGUGACCUCACAUAACCUUUGGUUUGUCGGUUCGCGACCCGAUGGAGUAAAGUGAAAGACAGAAGGAUAGAAGUCACGCAACGGAUAAGUAAAAAAGCAUUUAGCAGGUGCAGACCUAUGCUUUCCCAUGAAUCUGCGCAAACUGUCCGCCAUCUUUGUUUAUAGUCUUUGUCCAGAUAUAGAAAACCCGUGAGGAUCACCGCUUUAAUGAACCUACCAACAACAUGUCACGGCGAAAACAAGGCCGGCCACAACAGAGGAAAACUUUGGAAAACUUGGAACAAGAAAAUGAUCUCCUUGUGUGCGGGGUGUGUCAGACGAACUUCCCCCUACAAGACAUAAUCAAAUUCAUCCGCCACAAAGUCACCCGAUGUAACAAAGAAAAUGUAGACGUCGAGACAUCCGAGUUCGAGGAUGGGGAGGACCCGGACCCCGAGUCGCUGGCCAUCAGCUCGAAACGGACCAGCAUCUCAGCUCCAAUCACUAGGAAAGAACAAAUGGAGAGCCGAUUGUCCCCCAGGCCAUCCUCAGAAUCCAAUCUCGCACUGAAGGACGCCAAGUUGAGAGAUGACAACUCCCAUUUUAAUGUUUUCUCCGACAGGGACCGUUCUGCCCGGUCGCCUUUCAGAACUUCUACUAAUGACAUAAGCUGCAAUACAGAAAUCACUGAGCCCACGAGUUUUUUAUGCGAAAAAUGUAGAGGAACGUUUGAUUCUGCAUGGGUGCUUCUCCAACACGUCCAGAGAGACCAUGGGAUGAAGAUUUAUUCUGAUUAUACAUCCUGUCCAACUCCUCCAAAACAGGCCCGUCUCCAGAUCACCUCGAGCGAAAAGACGGCGUCGCAUAAUAGAAAUUCCCCACAUCCUCCUCGAAAUCCUAACAGUCAGCGGGAUGGCAAAGAUGACACAAGAGACCGCGACGGCCCAUUGCACCAGCUGCCGCAUGAAAUUCAUCGGGCACCAUCGACCCCAAGCUCAGGUAGCAUGGAGAGUGGACAUGUUCCCCAUCGACAAUCGCCGCAAAAUCCUUUUCUAAAUUUUAGGUUUCCACCUUUUGAUCGUCCAUCCCCUUCUCCUGGCCCUCUCUUCUCUAGAAUACCAGUCACAGAUUUUCCUGCCAUCCCUGUUAGCGAAGCUCUUUUGCAACAAAGUCGCAUUUUAGGAUUUCCUCCUCUCGUUGACAUGAAUCGGGUUUUCCCCUCAGGAUUACCGAAUCCAUAUGACAGACAAAGACCAAAUUCAAUUGGGAUAGAAGAUUCAUUUUAUUCAGAGCGAUUAAAAGAAUUAGCAAGAGGUCCAACUUCGCCGGUUCGUCGGCAAACACCUCCUUAUUCUCAGGUUGCUAGAUCCGCUUGUAAUAUAUUCACACCACUUACAACCUCUACAAAUACAACGCCGACUGAUUCAAAGAAAGAACGUGGAAGUGGAAGCUUAACUCCACCAAAUAAAAUGAAAUCUUGCGAAUUCUGUGGCAAGUCUUUCCGCUUUCAGAGUAAUUUGAUCGUUCAUCGUCGUUCACACACUGGAGAAAAGCCUUUUAAAUGUCGACUAUGCCCACAUGCAUGCACCCAACAAAGCAAGCUCAAACGUCAUAUGAAAACUCAUAUGAAAUCGCCAAUGUCUAACGUUUCAAACGAAGGCAGCAUGGGUUCUGGCAGCAGCACACCCGAAAACAAAAAGUUUGACGACAAAGACGAUGAUGACGACGAAGAAGAGGAAGAGGAGGAGGAAGAGGAAGAAGAGAUGGAGGAGAUGGAAGAAGAAGAUAUUUCCGAGGUAAAUGAUGGUUCGGGUGAUGAGAAAAAAGGCGACAUUAAAGGUGGUUUGUUGGCUGCAAAACUACUUCAAAAUUCCAAUCAACCUCAUACUGAUGGCGAAACAAAACAAGCAGAGGCCUAUGUUAGCUCUAGCGCCUCGUUAUUGUCUGAGGUAAUGAAGUCCAGUGGACUUCGUAAUUUACAUGUAUACAACGAAGCCUACAGACAGGCUCUUGAAGAAAACACAGAUCUGAAUAUUAAGAAAGAGGUUUCAUCGCCUAAUGAUACGCGUGAUGAUUCGCUCAGUAAUGGUAACAGUAUGAGUGGUUUAAAAGAGGAGUCUAAAGAAAAAAGUAGCCGUCCAUCAUCUGCAUCUGAGCAUGAAAUGUCCAAAGGUCAGAAGCACGAAUCAAACGACGGACCUUUACUAAACAGCGUUAGCGGUAUGGAAAAUGUAUUUUCACCUAUUUGGCAGUAUCAUGGUCAACAGCCGCAUGAAUUUUUCCCAAUUUUACCUUCAUUGAAUAACUUUCGAUAUGAUGCUCGAGAUCCCAAUCACAAUGGUUAUAACAGCCCGAAUCAUGAAAGUGCCUUGAAGUCGCUCACUGUUCAAGGCGGAGUCCCAAAAUCAGCGUCGUCUAGCAAUGUUUCUUUGGAUUCAAAUGGCAUACCGUCCGCCAGCCCACGAAGGGAUAAAACACGAAAUGAUACCUGCGAAUUUUGCGGAAAGGUCUUCAAAAAUUGCAGUAAUCUGACCGUUCAUCGACGUUCGCAUACUGGAGAAAAGCCCUAUAAGUGCGAAUUAUGUAAUUAUGCAUGCGCACAAUCUAGUAAGCUAACUCGUCACAUGAAGACUCAUGGAAGAAUCGGUAAAGAUGUCUACAGAUGCAAAUUUUGUGGCAUGCCUUUCUCAGUUGCAAGCACCCUUGAAAAACACAUGAGGAAAUGUGUUGAAAAAGGCUCAGGGAUGCAAGGUUUGGGACGCCAGGACAUGGAUUCGGAUAAUUCUAACUCGGUUGCAACGUCGGGAAUGCACGAUUCGCCGAAUUCUCUUCUAUCGAAUUCUGUUGCUCAAUAGGAAUUCGUUGGCUUGGCUAUCCAGUUGUGGCAAACAAACUUAGAAAGUGUGUAUCCAAUACUCGUUCUUUUUCUAUUUUAUCAUGUUUUAUAUACAAUUCAGAAUGUCUUAUUGGCAAUAUUUGGACUGAACAAUAUUGCAUACACGACUCGGCUAUGACAUAUGCUUUUACAUAGAGAUAUUUAUCCCGGUGAUGAUCAUUUUCAUUCAGAAGACCAUUAUAUGAUGGUUUUAGUCAUACAAAGUUGCCAUAAUACUUGUGUACCUCUAGGAGCAGGGUACUAAGUGUCAAAGACGAAUGAUUACUCUUUUUUUUAAAUUGGGUGUUUUUACUAUAAUUGUGUUGAAUCUACAAUUGUGUCUAUCUAUUUGGUAAUUAUUGGUGCUUCGUAAUGAUAAAAGUUUAAUAUGGCCAUUUUCCCCCUUUAUCCUUGUAUCAUAUGUAUUCUUUUUCUCUUGUAUUUUCCCCCAUCAAAAUAGAAUAUAUUUUUGUUGUAAAAUCCGUGUGCAGAAAGGGUUGUGGAUUGCAAUGGUACACAGUUAGAUACGUACACUCUAAUUGGAUGGAGUCCUCCACGUGACUUUAAACUCCAUUUAGCUUUUUUCAUUUGUAUAUUUUUGGAAAGAGUAUCCCGGUUAAGUUGUUUACAAAAAAUGGCAUAUAACAUUUGAAUGGCGAUUGAUACCAUUUUUAGUUGGUAUGAUAACGAUAAUACUUUAAUAACGUUAAGAAGUAGUUAUAAAGACACCUUUUUUUUGUUUUAAAAAAUGGCUGCCAUAUUUGAUUCUGUAACAAUUAUUGCCAAGGGCUUUCAUCUUGGAGAAUGGAAAUACAGCUUGUUUAUUGUGAUCACACAGAGGAGAAUAACAACACGAUAGAGUGAAAAAAAAUUAUCAAGCGUUUGCUUAUUUGGUCAAGACUCUUGAACAAGAACUUUAUUGGACUGCAAUGCGACUGAACACGAGGCAGCAAUACUUCAACAUUGCAGCAAAUAUUUGGUGCCCAAGUCCAUCUGACCAAUGUUCGCUUAUGUUUUAUUUUGAAUACCCAGUGCCUAUUGUGUCCAACUUAAAUCUAACGUUGAACAUUUCAGCCAUUUAACAUUGAAAUCAGAAGGUAACGGAAUUGAAAUUGAAAAUUGACAACCGGCAGCUUUGAAAUUUCUGGUUUUUUAAGAGCUGUCAGUAUAUAAAGGUUUUUUAGUAGUUUAACGUAUUUUGUGUAUUUUGUGCCAUUGCAUUUAGACAUUAGAUUAGGAGACUGUUUAGUGUUAGACAUUAGGAGAAUAUUUUCGUAUAUAUGUGCUCCUUUUGAAAUUUUGAGAGUUUCUCUCUUUGAACAAAAUUAUUUCAGUUUAGCUGUGUCAGCUCUAGCAUACAUUUCUUCUUUGUAGCAUAAAUUAAGCUUGAAUUUAGCAUGGUUUUUAAAGAGAGAUUGUAUAUACACGUACUCGUACGUAUAUGUACCUUUUUGAUGUUUGACGUUUGGUUACCCAUUCCUUUAAAACUUACAUCCAUAUCGAGGAUGAUAUAAUUUUUAUGUGCCAUAGCAAGAUUUUGCAUGUAGAAUGAUACAUUGUAACAUUGCCGAGACUUGCAAUACGUGUUUCGUUGUUUUUUUUUCACUACUUGUUUACAUGUAAUAUCGGGCUCUAUUUCAUAUUACAUCUUUGUUAGAAGUUGUGUUUUUUACUAAAUAUUGUUUAAUUGUUUCAUUGAUAUUAAAACGUUGAAAAGACAAACUGCACCGCCAGUCUAAAAAGGAAAUUCAGAGUUAAGGAAUAUAUUUCAAAUUUUUGAGAAGAAAUAUUUUUAUCGAAAAUUUCGAAACAGAUUUUUAAGGAAGCUGUAGAAUGAUGAUAAUAAUGUUUGUCAUUUCAGAUGAGAUUUGUGUGCCAUAUCAAUAACUUGUGAAUAUAGCUAAAUUCUGUUCAACGUAUUUGUAAAGAUAGUAAAAUACAAUUUUUAAUUUUUUUUUAAAUGUAGGUGUUAGUUUACAAUAUAUAUUUUUUAUUUGACACAAUAUUUUAGUAUUUCCUGUAUCGUUACAUUAUAUAUACAUUUGGAAUAUGUAUCGGCAAGAAUUGGUGCAAAGUGAAAGUGCUAAGGUGGUUUACAAAUGUAAAAUCAUAUGCUUGUGUUAGUGCUUAUGGUGUAUUUUUUUUUCCUUCAAAACAGGAUUUUUGUAAUUUUUUCUUACAUGCCCAUGCUUGCUUUUUAUAGCAAAUUCUAAGACUGUAAUAGAAUUUUGAACAUCUGAACUAUUUUAUUGGUGAUCAAGUUAACAAGUUAAUAAGUUAAAUUUGAUUUCUAUACAUGGCUAAAUUACGAUGUACUUAAAAGCAAGCACAAAAUAUGUGUUAAUUCCACGUUGAACAUCAGCAAAUUAUGAUCUCCAAAUUACGCGCAUCAUAUUGUCGUCAUUUUGUGCAUAUUCAUCCAAAUGUUCUGAAUUCUGUCGUGCCAUAAUUUUUCGAAUGAGAAUAUUUUUAUUAAAUUAUACAUAUUGUUGAAAGCCUGGAAGAUGCUAUGUGUCUCAGAUACGAGUUUGUUCGAUUUGAAUUCUUUUUUGUCGUUUAUGUGUUACCUCUAAACGUUUUCAACUACUGCCAUUUCGUUUCAUGUUCAUGUUUGAAUAUAUUUUUUUUUUGUUUUAAGAUUUCAUAGCUUCUCUUUAGUUUAAGCACCCGAUCACUCUGCCUACACAAUUAAUUGUUGAUGCACAUUUACCUUCUCUGCCUCGUUUUAAAAUUUAUUAUUAUUUUCAUUGAUUUGGUUUUUUUUCUCCAGAACUUGUGUUUCACCGUUUGAACAAAAAGUGUUGUGGUUAUUUUGUUUAGAUUAUAAUCAACGAAGACCUAUAUAUGCCGCUAUGAAACAGUCGUUUAUAUUUACCCUAAAGUUACGUAGAGAGAUUCGGGUUUUUCAGCGGGGGUUUUUCCAUGCAGUUUUUUGUGUUUUUAUAUUUAAUAUACUACCUCUAAACUAGCUUUUUAACCACUGGAAAAUAUGAAAACUACGACUGGAUGAAAUUUAUUUCAAAAACUAGAAAUGGUUAAAAGUUCAAUACAUGGAACAACCCCAGCAUGACGAUGGUUUCUAUAUCCUUUCUUCUUUGAGAAUCUUUAAGGGAGGUCAACGAAAUUCCUUUUUUUUUUAUUAUUAAUCGAUCGCAAAAGCAUGAACAUUCGGACAAAUGACAUCCCUUUAAGAUCCUGAACUUUCAUUGGACCCAUCGUUUUCACUGUACAUUUGAUGUACGUUUCUCGUCCAAUUACUAAGCUUGUUGUAUUUAAACUAUGAAUGUUUGUAUGGAAGUACAAAGUACAGUGUAAAAUUUAAUAAACAUUUUAUCUCUUC